GAUUUUAAGUAGCUACCAUUCUAUCCGAUAUCGGCUGACAACACUCCUGUCACCGUGGAAGUCCACGAUUCGCCGGUAAUUUAAUUAAAUUAUUCUCGGCACAAAUGUGUAAUUAGAGCCCGAAUUGCAACAGAAACUUGUGUUCCAACUAGCCUGUCUCUUUUGAUUUGGAUAGAGCUUUAGACGUGCCACACACAAAAUGAAAACACGGAUAAGCUGGAUAUUCGUGGGCCUGCUUUUGAUCUCUUGCAUCCACGUCAUUAAUGGAGAUGAUCAAAUAGAGGAAGAAAACGAUCUUGAAGAAGAUGAAUAUGUUUCAGUAGAAGAAGAGGAAGAUGCGCCCGCAGCGAGUCAGUCGGGUGUUCCUACCGAGGAAGAUGAGUACUUCAGCCCACUUCCCCAGGGCGAGUAUUACUUGCACGAGAACUUUGACGACCCAGACCUCUUCAAACAGCGCUGGGUCAAGUCUGAAACGAAGAAGGACGACACCGACGACCUGAUAGCCAAGUACGAUGGCGUCUGGAAGCUGGAGGAGCCGCAGCGUGACCCAAUCAAGGGCGACGAAGGCCUGGUGCUCAAGUCCAAGGCCAAGCACGCUGCCAUCUCGACCCUGCUCGACAAGCCGUUCUACUUCAGCGACCGUCCCUUGGUGGUGCAGUACGAGGUCAACUUCCAGAAUGGUCAGGAGUGUGGCGGUGCUUACCUCAAGCUGCUGUCCCUGGACACCAAUCCAAAAAAUAAGGCGCCACUCGACCUGAAAAAGUUCCAUGAUAAAUCGCCAUACACUAUCAUGUUUGGACCUGACAAGUGUGGAAACGAUCACAAGCUUCACUUCAUUUUCCGUCACAAAAACCCUCUGAACAAUUCCUUUGAAGAGAAACACGCCAAGAAAUCGAAAGAGAGGAUCGAAGAGCCCUUCAAGGACAAGCGUCCGCAUCUGUACACCCUCGUUGUCAACCCUGACAACUCAUACUCCGUCAGCGUGGACCACAAAAUUGUGAGCAAAGGCAGCCUCUUGGAGGACUUCAGCCCCCCGGUGAACCCACCCGCGGAAAUCGAUGACCCGCGCGAUUUCAAACCCAACGAUUGGGACGAGAGGGAAAAGAUUCCUGACCCAGAGGCCACCAAGCCUGAUGACUGGGAUGAGGAUGCACCUGCGCAGAUUGCUGAUGAAAGCGCUGAGAAACCGUCUGGCUGGCUCGACGACGAGCCAGAGAAUGUUCCUGACCCGAAUGCAGAGAAGCCCGAGGAUUGGGAUAACGACAUGGAUGGCGAAUGGGAGCCACCGUUGAUCCCGAACCCCCUGUGCGAUAGUGCCCCUGGCUGUGGCCCCUGGAGCCGUCCCCUGAUCAACAACCCUGCCUUCAAGGGCAAGUGGCGCCCGCCCCUGAUCGACAAUCCUAACUAUAAGGGCAAGUGGCAUCCUCGCAGGAUUCCCAACCCAGACUUCUUUGAAGAUCUCCAGCCCUUCCUGAUGACUCCUAUUGGCGCCGUCGGUUUUGAGCUUUGGUCCAUGAGCGACAACAUCCUUUUCGACAAUAUCAUCAUCACUGACAGUCUUAUCGUGGCAGAGCAGUACGCAGCCGACUCUUUUGAUAUCAAACGCCUUAAACUCGACAAGCAAGCCGACUCUCUGGUGACCAGACUGCUGGCCUACACCGCCGAGUAUCCUUGGCUGUGGGUUGUCUUCAUCGUAAUCUUCGGCUUGCCUGUUGUUGCCUUCUUUUACUUCUGUUGUGGAGAUACAGGCAGAAAAGUCGAUGCUCAAGCUGAUGCCAAAAAAACCGACGCUCCAGUUCCCGACGACGAGGAGGAGCCAAAGAAGCCUGCGUCUAAGGGGCAGCUAGAAACCCCAGAAAACGGGGAAGGAGACGCGGGUGAAGAUAACGUGGGUGAUGAUAACGCGGGUGAAGAUAACGCGGAGGAGGAGAGUGGAGAUGAAGAGGAGGAGGAGGAGGAGGAGGAGGAGGAAGAAGGAGACGAGGAGGAAGUAGAGGAAUCUGAAGAGAAAGUUGAUGCCAAAGUGCCCUCGACAGCCAGACAAAGGCGGCCUAGGAAGGAGUAGUACCAUUCCAGACUAACUUGGUUCCUUCUGGCUUGAUUGUUUUGUUGUUACCUUUUACAUGUUUAAGUUUGCGAUGUACACACACACACACACUCGAUUCAAUAUCCCAUUGCAUUGUCUUGGAAUGGACCAAGUCUUCGAAAAAGCAUUAAUCAGCAAUAAUCUCAGCUGGCUGCUGUCCGUUUGUUGCACUCUAGAAAAAGGAACCAACCAAAAACCAUCAGUCUGAAAUACGUAUUACUCUCAUUUUUAUCUCAACGCAUUUUUUAAACCCGAAUUUCCAUGAAUGACACGCAGCACUUCAAAGUAUCCGCGAAAUACACUACGAUAAUCAAGUAACACAACAACUGUUGUGUUGGCCAUGAUGUGAGGUGGCUCCAAAAUGAUCUAAAUUUAACUGUGAAUUCGUGUUUCUUAUCUAACUUAUUCUGGAUAUAUGAAAGGUGUGUAAUGAUGCUAGUGUUCGAAAUAAGUUGUGUGCCUCGACCAGUUCAUGAAUUAUUUGACCUGUUUCCUGCAAUCCAUGGUGAUUGCAAAUUAUCACACACACACAAAAGUUAUCUUGUCACUCAGCAUUUUGCUACUGCAUCAACUCAGUUUUGCCUGUCUCUAGCUUGUUUUGUUUGAUGUAGAGCUUAAGUAAUAAAAUGUGUGCUGUUUA